UUAAUUAUGUACAUUUAAUAUUAUUUUAUAUAUACUGUUUUGACUUUUGAUAAGAUAUUGUUUACAUGAUUUGAUACAUUAACAUAGGUGUUAAAGUUAAACUGUUUAAUGUUGUUAGUUUUGUUUUUAACUAUCUAGACUAGAAUUAUAACAACUGUAGAACACCAUCAGGUAGUUGAAAGAGUGUUUUAAAGGUUGUUUUAUUCUCUCUAGACUAGAUAGUACUACAUUCAAAAUGGAUUGCGAUGUAGAUUCCGAACUAAAAUCAGAUUUCACGUCGUACCUAGAGCAUAUAUCCCAAAGAAAAAAAUAUCAACAUAAUACAACAUUGACUGAGCACAGUUACUCAUCAUCCGAAUAUCAACAAGAUAAUUUGUGUUCUACAAUUCAAACGUUAUUCAUUCACAGAUUUGUUCAAAAUGAAAAUUCUACUGAUGAAAUUGAUAUUGAAACUAUUGACAAAGAUGUGAAGUUAUUAACAUACAGACCUGAACUUGAACCUAAAUCAAUAGAAUCAUAUAAAAAUCCAAAAUUACCUAGAGACCCUGAAACGUGGGAAGAUAAUAUUAACAAACAACGGUGGAAUAAACUAGAACGAACCUUGUUUGAAAGAGCUUUAUCUAUUUUAUAUACAAAUCGCUUAACGAGAUUAACGUAUGAAGGUACAGUUCAAGAGUAUGUUCAAAAGAUCAUCAGUACCGAAAAAUCAGUUGCUGAAAUGCACCAUUUAUUAACCAAUUACACUCACUGGGACAUAUCAUUGUCACAAUGGUUACAUGGAUUAUUCAUUUCAAAUUUACCAGAUGAUUAUCUUGCAUCCUAUAUUGAUAUAUUAGAGAAAUUGAAACAAAUUGCUCCAUCAUUUGUAAAUGAUAUGAUAUCAGCAAAUUCAAUAGGGCGUUCUAAAGAAGAAAUUAAAUCAAAAUCAAUUAACCUAGAUGAACCCGUUGAUCCUUUUAACUAUAUGUUGGUAACUUAUCCACCUCUAAAACUACCAAAAAAUCCUGUUAUCAUAUUAGUACCUGAUUUUCCUGGGUAUUGUACACAACCAAAUACAAGGACUUAUGAUUGGAUGAAUGAUUUAUCAUAUUUAGCAGAAUUAGAUGUUGCUUUGGCAGCGAAAGUACCAUGGGAUUAUGAAGAGUACUCUCGCGAAGAAGAAUUAAACAUAGAAACUAGUUUAGAAGCCAUGGUAGAUGCUACAAGAAGUAAAGUUGUAUCAGUACGAUCUGAAGAUUCCAGCCGACCUAUUAUCCUGGCUGGCGUUGGAGUCAGUGCUGCCAUAGCUUGUCAAGUAGCUGUUCUAGAAAAAGUUGAAGGAUUAGUAUGCAUUGGAUUCAUUGUUAAUUCAUCCGAGGUAAAAAGAGGUUAUGAAGGUGAUUGUAUUUUAGGCCUCGAAUGUCCUACAGUUUUUGUAACUGGCCAGCUAAGCAUAUUUUCACCGGUUUUGGAUAUGGAAGAAUUAAGAGUAAAGCUUAAAUGUAAAACCAAUCAUAUACUAGUUGGUGGAGCCAAUGAUGAAUUGGUCAUGAACCAUUCUACUAAGAUGAGAGAAGCAGUCACUCAAAAACUAGUAGACAGAUGUGUUUUGGAAGAAAUAGGGAAUUUCUUAAAAGACAUUUUGGAACCUUCACCAAAAAUAACUCGUAAGCCUGAUGUUGAAAAUACAGAUUUUAAAAAACCAGUAUUCUCUAAAAAGAAACCUACUAAUAAACCUUUAGCACGCCUCAACAAAGGAAACCAAAAACUUUUUGUUUCUGCUAAUAAACUAACUCCAAAGAGACAAACUGCAAAUCGCAAAACUAUCAAAACACCAGGUUCUAAUGUAAUGAUUAAAGAUGAAGAACUUAUGCCUCCACCUUCAUCUGGUGUAAAUCAGGAAUAUUAUCUUCAGUGUGAAAAUCCUGACUCUACCAUAAAUAGUAUUAGUAAACAAGAAGAAGUGUUCAUACCAAAAUUAGGAAAUCAAAAAUUUUCCACUCUAGCAGAUUUAUUACAAGAACAAGACAAUUUCAAUUUCAAUGUUUCUCAAACAUCUUCAUCUUUAACAUCUAUGAAUGGCUCACCUGUAAUGAUUACACCUGACCAAAAGAAUAUUGUGGUAUGCAGUUCAAAUUUUCAGUCACUACAUAAUCAAACACCUGCUCCUGUCAUGGAAGAAAUCACUCCUGAUCAGAUAUUGGAUAUGCCAAUAGUCUUUGCAGAUGAACCACAAGAGGAAGAAGUAAAACAAAAUGUUGAUAACAGUUCCUAUUUCAUUACAAAUUUAAAUGAUUUUAAUGAGCGGAAAAUGGUUGUCAAAGAAGAGCCUGUUGAUGAAGACGAAGAUUUUGAUGUUUUAUGUCCUACUGUAUCUAGAACUACAAUUCCCGAACGUCUAAAAAUUAAACAGGUUGCAUAUGACUCACCUUCCAAAGUCAAGCUAGUAGUGAACAAAGCACCAAAAAGCUUAGUAUCCAGUGGUGGUUACCAAACAUUCUCUGUUCCCAGUCAAAAUACAGGAAAUAUUCAAUUUGUGAACAGAUUACCCAUGACAGGUAAUAAAAUGAGAAGAAUUGAAGGAGGAAUAAAUUCUAGGGUUAUGCCAAAAACUGUCUCUAUUCGUCAAAUACAAGACAGUAACCUCAAAAUACUUAAAAGUGCAACUGGACAACAAAUACAUUUGAAUAAAAUUAAAACAAUGGCAACCACACAAAAAUUUAAGAAAAUAAUAUAAUACCAAAUUUUAAGACUAUAGUGAUGAAGGAGAAGCGCACACACAACCAUUACAAGUUGUUGUUAACAAAAGCAAGUUAGUUAAUAAAAUAUUUAUAUUUAUGUUUUUAAUAUAUGAUAUUACAUAUUAUUA